AAAAGUUAUACCAACCCCCCUCUCUACUUGCAAGCCAAAGCUGAGAUAGAGAUCCGUUCGAGAGCCAAAGCACGUAGGGAUGGACAUGCUCGACGAGCCCUUCUUCUCGACGCUGCAGCAGCUGAUGGAAAUCCCGGAGGAGAUGGAGAAAGCCUUCAAUGCACCAACGCGCGCCUACGUCCGGGACCGGAAGGCGAUGGCGGCGACGCCGGCGGACGUGAAGGAGCUGCCGGGUUCGCUGGUGUUCCUGAUCGACAUGCCCGGGAUCAAGUCCGGGGAGAUCAAGGUCCAGGUGGAGGACGACCGUUUGCUGGUCGUCAGCGGCGAGCGGAAGCGGCCCGAGGACAAGGAGGGCAAGUACCUUCGCAUGGAGCGCCGGAUGGGCAAGUUCAUGCGCAGAUUCCCGCUGCCGGAGAACGCCAACCUGGACGCCAUCUCGGCGGUCUUCCAGGAUGGCGUGCUCACCAUCACCGUCGAGAAGCUGCCGCCACCGGAGCCGAAGAAGCCCAAAACCAUCGAUGUCAAGGGCGCUUAAAAGGAUCAAGAAUCGGUGUCACGCGAAUAUAUGAGAGGGAAGAACCCCACUUCGGUUUGAGUGUCUAAUAUUGUAGGAUAAAUAAACGGCUUUCCUUUCUUGUCUAUCUUUUUACCCGUUUCUUUUCUUUUGUUUCUUUUGUACUCACGUGUGAUAAACAAGAAGUCUGUUUGUGUAUACUUAUAGAUCUCGGUUGUGUUUACAUAUGCUAAUACCAAAUCAUUUUGUGCAUCUAUAACUAGUAAGAAGGUUUAUAAUCUUA